AUGUCCGCAGAUCCUCGACGUGCUCGCCUUCAGGCGCGAACACAGACGCCGCAACCUGCUCAAUCAACACCACAACCCCCAUCGUCGUCCGUGCAAACUCCUCCCUCUACCGUGACUGCUCCUACAGGACAGAGUCAUUUGCAAGUCACGUCCUCUACGGGCCUCGACGGUACCAUCGAUCCAUCCACUCCGCCCGCCACCGCGACGUCGACAACCCUCGCACCCGCCACACUGACAUCUCCUGCUCUACCUAGUUCUUCACAGAAUGAAGUCCCCUUUAAGCUCAAGUUUUGUACAGUCUGUGCCUCCAACAACAAUCGCUCCAUGGAGGCCCAUCUUCGUCUCUCUACCUCGGAGCACCAAUACCCCGUCAUCUCCUUUGGGACGGGUAGCUACGUCCGCUUACCAGGUCCCUCUAUCUCACAACCUCAAGUCUAUAACUUCAAUACUACCUCCUAUACGAAGAUGUACGACGAACUGAACGCGCAAGACGCCCGACUGUAUCGGAAUAAUGGCAUAUUAAACAUGCUUGAUCGGAAUAGGAAGAUCAAAUGGGGACCAGAACGGUUUCAUGACUGGAUCGUUGGCGCAGCCAGGAUGGAGGCCUUGAAUCGCGGCGAUAAAGGCGCUGCAGGAACGGAAGGAGGCGUUGUGGACGUGAUUUUCACCUGCGAGGAACGUUGUUGGGACGCCGUCGUGGACAAUUUACUCGACCGUGGAGCGCCUUUGAAUAGGCCUGUUCAUGUCUUCAACAUCGAUAUUAAGGAUAACCAUGAAGAAGCGCUGGUUGGUGGAGGAGCGAUUCUUGAAUUAGCCGAUAGCUUGAAUGAGGCGGCCAUUCAGGAAAGGCAAAUAAGUGGCAGCCAAGGGUGGGAGAACGGAACUGGGGCGGCCAGGAUGAGCUUUGACGAGAAAGUUCCUGAGAUUCUUGCUAGGUGGCAGGAACGGUGGCCGAAUCUACCAGCGUUGUGGACUCUGUCGUGGUUUUAG